AUGAAACACCCUCAAGAGGUUGAUGAAUGCUUUGCUUUUGAUGUGUUAGAUCAAUUGAAUUUUGAUUUUGUUGAACCUUUAAUUGCGGAUCCGUUGGAAGCAUCUUUGUGUGUAGGAACUUCAGUUGAAGAAGAAGAAGUGACGGAACAAUUAUGUUGGUUGGAUUCGGCAAAGCCGCUGUCAAGACCACGCUUUGAGAGUUUGGAGACGGAGAUCCCGUUAUCUGUCACUUUUAAGCCUUCAGUGAUCGAACCUCCGAAACUUGAGCUUAAAGUUUUACCAUCUCAUUUAAAAUAUAUGUAUCUUGGAGCUCAUGAGACCUUACCUGUUAUUAUUUCUUCAUCUUUGACAGGUCUACAGGAAAAGAGACUUUUGGAGGUAUUGCGAGAGCAUAAGCUAGCACUUGGAUGGACAAUCGCCGACAUCAAGGGCAUAAGUCCAACUUUUUGCAUGCACAAGAUCAUAUUGGAGGAGAGCCAUAAAUCUUCGGUGGAACAACAGAGGCGAUUGAACCCCAUCAUGAAGGAAGUUGUGAAGAAAGAAAUCAUCAAGUGGCUAGACGCAGGUAUUAUUUUUCCUAUCUCCGAUAGUGCGUGGGUUAGUCCGGUACAAUGUGUACCCAAGAAGGGGGGAAUGACUGUUAUAAAAAACGAAAAAAAUGAAUUAAUCCCUUCUAGGACAGUAACGGGUUGGCGAAUUUGCAUGGAUUAUAGAAAAUUGAAUAAAGCCACUCGAAAAGAUCACUUCCCGUUGCCCUUUAUUGAUCAAAUGCUUGAUAGGCUAGCUUGUCAAGAAUUUUAUUGUUUUUUAGAUGGGUAUUCCGGUUAUAACCAAAUUGCCAUAGCUCCCGAGGACCAAGACAAAACCACUUUUACUUUUCCUUUUGGUACCUUUGCUUUUAGACGUAUGCCUUUUGGUUUGUGCAAUGCUCGUGCUACUUUUCAACGUUGUAUGAUGGCAAUUUUUACGGACAUGGUUGAAUGUGGUCUUGAAAUUUUUAUGGAUGAUUUUUCUGUCUUCGGUGAUACGUAUGACACUUGUCUCCAAAUACUGGCUAAGGUUCUUCGCAGGUGUGAAGAAACAAACUUGGUGCUCAACUGGGAAAAGUGCCACUUUAUGGUUGAUCCAGUCCAGGAUUACUUGAUCGAUCCAAUAAAGACCAAAGGCCCAAACAAGAUCAAAAGGCACCGUUCAAGCCCAUUGAACAGAAAAAUGCCCAUCAAGCCGGUACCGGUUGGGCGAGAGGGACCCGGCCGCGGGGCGAGUCGCCCGCGUGCGAGAGGGUUCCCGCUGGGCUGCACACCUCUCGCCCAAUCUCUCGCCAGGCUGUCAGUCUAUCGCCAGAUGCGCGUCUCUCGCCGGACUGCUUGCCCGACCGGAGGUGAUCAUUGCUGCACAUGGGGUAUUUAA